AUGAGGACAGGCUUCCCAGACACCAAUGGAAGCUCAAAUGGCGCUGACGACCUGCGCAAAACUGCCUUAAUCGAUGUCGAGCUCAAAAGACUUAACAUAGCGGUUUCCGCACUGCAAGAGACCAGAUUACCGGACGAAGGCUCAAUACGCGAGGCCUCAUAUACAUUUUUCUGGAAGGGAAAGGACUCUACUGCCGCACGUGAGCAUGGCGUUGGUUUCGCAAUCCGCAAUGAUCUCCUUUCCGCAAUUGAAACUCCUCGAGGAAUUUCGGAGCGCAUUAUGGUGUUGAGGAUGCGAAGCAACUGCGGCUUUGUUACUUUUAUUUCCGCAUAUGCCCCAACACUAGUUUCACCUGACGAAGCCAAAGACCAAUUUUACGACCAACUCACUGAGACGGUACGUGGCGUAAGUUCUAGUGACAGACUUUACAUCUUGGGUGACUUUAACGCCCGGGUCGGCCAGGACAGCUCUGCUUGGCCCGAUUGUGUGGGUCCCCACGGCAUUGGAAAACUCAACGAGAACGGACAACGUUUACUUGAGUUCUGCUCGAGCCAAUUGCUGUGUGUUACCAAUACUUUCUUCAAGGGUAAGCCUAUGCGUAGGGUGUCCUGGAAGCACCCUCGCUCUGGUCACUGGCACCAGCUAGACCUAGUCCUCACCAGAAGAAAAGACCUCCGCGAAACCAUUCACACGCGUACAUUCCACAGCGCUGAAUGUGACACUGAUCAUUCCCUAGUAGUAACACGUGUAGCCCUGAUCCAUAAAAAGAUUCAUUCGUCCAAACCACAUGGCAUGACGAUUCGUGAUUUUGAGGAUUUGGUACGUAAGGAGACUGAAACUUGGGAUGUAAAUGCGACCGUCGAAGACGAAUGGAGUAAUGUCAGAGCUCUUCUCACGGAAACAGCUGCCAAAGCUUUCGGCUAUCAGAGAGCUAAAUCUCAAGACUGGUUCACUGAAAAUAUAGAGCAACUUUCACCCUUGCUUGACUCUAAACGCGACGCUGCUCUUGCUCACCGUCUGAAUCCUAAUCCAAAGACGCGCGAAGAGCUUACAAUUUCUAAAGCAGCUCUUCAACGCAGCACACGCCACUUUGCGAAUGUCUAUUGGACCAAUAUUUGCCACAACAUCCAAGCGUGUGCAGACUCAGGAAACUUCAGCGGUGUGUACUCUGGUAUAAAACAGGCCAUUGGCCCAGUUUCCAAAAAGACAGCUCCCCUUAAAGAAGCUGAUGGCUCUGUUAUAACAGAUCGUCAUCGUCAAAUGGAACGUUGGGUAGAACACUUCACCACUCUCUAUGCAACUCCAGUCAGCAUCGAACCGGAGGCUGUUCAGAGCAUGCCUAAACUGGAUACUUGGAGUCAAUUAGACGACCUACCUACUAUAAGGGAAUACCACAUUGCUGUAAAGCAGCUUAAGCGCGGUAAGAGUCCUGGUAGUGAUAGAACCCAAGCAGAAAUACUUAAACUUAAGUGCGUGUCACCUAUUCUGCACAGUCUGCUGUGUAAGUGCUGGGAGGCGGGGUGCGUGCCUCGGGAUAUGCGUGAUGCCAACAUCAUCACACUAUACAAAGGGAAAGGGGAUCGCGGCGAUUGCAACUCCUACCGUGGCAUUUCCCUUUUGAGCUCAGUCGGCAAGCUAUUUGGACGUGUAAUAUUAGGAAAGAUCCAAAAACUUGCAAAUCGCGUAUAUCCUGAGGCACAGUGUGGUUUUCGCCCCCGGCGUUCCACAGUCGAUAUGAUUUUCUCCCUUCGCCAAUUACAGGAGAAGUGCAGAGAGCAGAAAACGCCAUUGUACGUGGCGUUUGUUGACUUAAAUAAGGCCUUCGAUACCGUCAGCAGGGAGGGUCUUUAUACUGCACUGAAAUGCAUUGGGUGUCCACCGAAACUCUUGAGCCUUGUUCAAUCCUUUCACGAGGAUAUGAAGGGCGCUGUAGUUUUUGAUGGCCAAACGUCUGAUCGGUUCGAAAUGCGUAGGGGUGUCCGUCAGGGAUGCGUGUUGGCUCCUACCCUGUUUGGUAUAUUCUUUUCGAUUAUCCUAAGAACUGCUUUCGGCGAUAGCCAACAGGGUAUCCACCUUCAUACAAGAGUAGACGGAAAGCUAUUCAACAUCUCACUGCUUCAAGCUAAACGAAAGCGUCAUGAUCUUUUCGUUGACUCUUUGUUAUUUGCCGAUGAUGCAGCUUUUGUGGCAAACUCAGUUCUCGAGCUUCAAACAAUCAUGGACAAAUUUUCCAAAGCAUGCACUUUGUUUUCCAUGUCCAUAAACCCCAAAAAAACUGUGGUUCUAGCGCAAGGCAGUGCAGAAAUACCUGCAAUAAUGCUGGAUAGCACUGCUUUACAAGUGGUUGAUAGGUUCUGCUACCUGGGAUCGACUGUCUCGAACAAUCUCUCUCUAGAAGCAGAGAUCAAUACUCGCAUCGGAAAAGCGGCGACUACGUUCGGGCGGCUCAGUACAAGAGUGUGGAACAACAAACAUCUUACCAACAGGACCAAGAUGAUAGUAUUUCAGGUCUGUGUUUUGAGCACGCUCUUGUACGGAGCGGAGACGUGGACGUCCUAUGCGAAGCAAGAACGUCAGAUUAACACUUUUUAUAUGCGCUGCCUACGGAACAUCCUGGGUAUAAGUUGGAAAGACAGAGCGACCAACGAGAGGGUUCUACAAAUUGCGCGGAUGCCCAGUCUAACUGCCAUGCUAAAACAGCGUUCGGCUGCGUUGGUUGGGGCAUGUACACCGGAUGGACCCCUCUCGACUUCCGCGGCAGAUCAUGCUUGGCGCAGUUGCGAACGCAAGGAGGGAUGUUGGGAGGCCUUUGCUCCGUUUUAA